AUGGCUUUGGCGGCAAAAGAAAGAGAGAGAGAGGCUAACGGAAGGAGGAGAGAACAGAGGGAAGAGACGCUAGCAACUCAAUCCGUAGGCCAACAGAAGGCGGUGGAGGGAAGAGGGGUAGAGGCAAGUGUACCAAGGGAGGAGGCUGGAGUGUGGCCACUCUGCGGUCGUCUGGUUCGACAUUCGAAGCCUAACUCUUACACGAGGCAGGAGAGGAGGAGAGAGAGGUCGAAGAGGAGGAUGAGUGCGGAGGAGAAGGAAGAGUUUGCAAAAGCUGGAUCGACGGCAUCAUCCUUUUGUGGUAAAGUGACUCAAUCUAAGAGCCUCGACCGCAGAGACAUUAAACGGCGCCGGAACGUGUCUCUCCCACUUUGUGAAUUUCAUCAAUAA